UCUUCCACUUAAGUAUCUAUCGUUAGCUACAGUGAGGUCAUAUAGUCAUAUAUUCCAACGUUUAAUCAAAAUGAGUACCAUGUUUGCAGACACGAUACUUAUCGUCUUUAUAUCUGUUUGCACUGCGUUGUUGGCUGAAGGUAUAACAUGGGUAUUAGUAUACCGCACCGACAAAUACAAGAGGCUCAAGGCUGAAGUAGAAAAGCAGAGCAAAAAGCUGGAAAAGAAAAAAGAGACAAUUACAGAGUCUGCUGGGCGUCAGCAGAAGAAAAAGAUAGAGAGGCAGGAGGAAAAACUGAAAAACAACAAUCGUGACCUCUCAAUGGUUCGAAUGAAAUCGAUGUUUGCCAUUGGUUUCUGCUUUACAGCAUUAAUGGGCAUGUUUAAUUCCAUCUUUGAUGGGAGAGUUGUAGCAAAGCUGCCCUUUGUUCCCUUGUCCUACAUCCAAGGCCUUUCUCACCGCAAUCUCCUGGGUGAAGAUUACACCGACUGCUCUUUCAUUUUCCUCUAUAUCCUAUGCACCAUGUCUAUUAGACAGAACAUCCAGAAGAUGCUGGGUUUGGCUCCAUCACGUGCUGCCACCAAACAAGCUGGAGGGUUUUUGGGACCCCCUCCACAAGCUGCCAAGUUUUCAUAAAAUCAGUAGACAAUAUACGAGAUCCCUUCUUUGUUGCAAAAAUGCUUUGGGCGGAACUGAUGUAACCAAACUCCCUCUUAAAAAAAAAAAAAAAGAAAGAAUAUUUUAAGGCUGCAGUUACUACUGCGAGACCUCAGUGUAUAAGCUUUUUCCAUGUUUAGAUUUGGCCGAAUUAUUAGAUUUAUACCGUAAACAAUGAAAAAGGCUCAACCCUGGCAAAUAACUUUUUCUUUACCCUAAAUUAUGUUGGAUUAUUAAUCCUAGUUUCCUCAUGCAUAAAUCAGUGCAGCUAAACAUAGACUGGUAAAUGGUCCUGUAAAGGAACAACAUUUCUCAAAAGCAGGGAACUAGACCAUUUGACCAUGCUUUUAAGAUGUAUUUAUUAUUUAUCUUAUAAAGGUCUCCUUUAAAUGAAAUUUGAGACAUAUUCACCAGAUAUACGUAUAUUUCAAAUAGGAACGAUAAUGGUGCUGUUUCCAAAUUGAACAGUAUUUGAAAUCAUUUUCUUUUUUCUAAAAGUUGCUAUUUUAAUGUAAUGUACAGUUUUCUAAAAUACUACAAAUAUAACUUCUCAAAUGUAAAAAGCAGUCUUUUCUCUUUGAAAGGAAGCCACUAGCUCAGUGUUGGACCCCACAACUUAUUAACUUUAACUUUACUUGCCUCCUAACAGUUCUUCCUGGCUUAUUAUAGACUAGAAUCCUUUUCGUUUUGGAAACACUGUGCUAGUUGAUGCUGUAGGGUUGUGUUAUUACAUCUACCAGCAUGCUACACAAAAUACCAGUCAAAAGGUUUGGACACUAAUUCGGUGGUGUUCAUUAGGUUUCAUUUAAAUUUUAAUUCUUUGGUUGUGUACAUAUUACUGCACUACAUAAUGAUCAGAACGCAAGUAUGCUCUUUUAUAUUAGUUUCUACAUUAGUCCCCUCACAAACUGCUUUAGGUUCAUUUUCUAUCUUUUUUUUUUUUUAAAUAAAAGACUAAUCACCAUGUAGGAAUUUAUUUAUGCAUCAUGUGAACGGAGUUGACUAAAAGACCAGAGAUUAAAUUAUAUAUUCUAUUGCUGUAAGUUUGCUUUUCGAGUUGUUUUAUGCUGUGUACACUUGGUGAAUAAAGUGAUAUAGGAAAAUCUCA